GAGUGUUAUUUGGCGAGAGCUGGGAAUACAGGUUUUUCUGUUGUAGCAUCUAUAGAAUAUUAUUCUUCUGGAGAUUAAAUUUGCCUCAAGGUGUUAGGCCUGAUUUUGCUACCCAGCUUUGACCCCAAGCUUGUGACAGAGCCUAUACUACGGUUAUGUUAAUUUAUGAGGGAAACUGAAAAUGUGGCUGGUUCUGAUUUUACAUUAUUGGCCUGUAUUAGAUGAAGGAAAAAAUGUGAACAGAAAUGUUAAUCCCGAAGCCAGACUGAAUUCAAAGCAGCUCAUCCUGUACUGGAAAUAUCCUCUUGAGGAACAUUAUGUGGUUACAGAAGAUGGCUAUAUUCUCAACUUAUUCAGAAUUCCACAUGGCAGAGAAAACAACACAACCACAAGUCCAAAGCGAGUAGUGUUCCUACAGCAUGGCUUGCUGGUGGAUGCUGCCCAAUGGUACCAAAAUUUUCCUCAUAAUAGUCUGGCUUUCAUGUUAGCAGACGCUGGAUAUGAUGUCUGGCUAGGAAAUAGCCGAGGGAACACCUGGUCCAAGAAUCACACAUCUCUUUCUCCCUUUUUGGAGAAGUUUUGGAAAUUCAGUUAUGAUCAGAUGGCUAAAUAUGACCUUCCAGCAUCUAUAGAUUUUGUUCUGCAGAAAACUGGGCAGCAACAACUUUAUUAUAUUGGGCACUCCCAAGGAACCACCAUUGCUUUUAUAGCUUUUUCAACCAAUAAACAACUGGCUUCCAAAAUCAAACUCUAUGUGGCUUUAGCUCCUGUUGCUACUGUUAAAAAUGCUAAAACACCUUUAGCCCAACUUGCAAAACUUUCUGACAUAGAAAUUAAGAUCUUAUUUGGAAGAAGAGAGUUUUUACCCAAAACUUAUUUUGGUACUUUGUUUUCUACCAAAGUCUGCAGUCAGGAGGCACUGGCAUCUAUUUGUAGCAACUUAUUAUUUGUACUGAAUGGUUUUAAUGAGGAGAACUUGAAUAUGAGCCGAGUUGAUGUAUAUACUUCAUACGUCCCAGCAGGUACAUCUGUGCAAAAUAUGAUCCAUUGGAAACAGGCCAUUAACAGUGGUAAACUUCAAGCUUAUGAUCAUGGAAGACUUGGAAAUAAAUUUCAUUAUGGACAGGUAAAGUAUUUUCCAGCAGAUGGUUAUCUCAAUAGUAAUGAUAUGUAUUGUACAUAUAUCUUGCAUUGGACACCAUUGCUUCUGCAACCGUCUAGCCCACAUGUAAUUUUAUGCUGUCCACCUUGUUUGAAAGCUGAGCCAAUUUAUUAUUAUGUAACCAGAAUUGCAUCGAAGGGGUUUCACCCCCAGUUGAUCCAUUGGGCUAAUCCUGACUUUUGGCUAAUCCUGACUUUUGGCACACGACCAGUCUCAUCCAGGAAUUCACCCAUUGAUACAACUGAGAGACAGCUUUGCAAUUCCUCCCUCCCUCCCUUUUUGAAUCUCUGUGAAAAUGUACAUAAAGUGAACUAAAAACAGAUAGGUGGA